UCGUGACUGAACGAUUCCACCGAGGGACAUGAGCAUUAUUUAUAAUUUUACGAAAGACCAAGGAGACUGUGUUUUACUCGUCUCCAUGUAACCAUCGAUUGUAGUGAGGCAACUGAAAAGAAAUAAGCAUCGUAGGUUGUAUCAACUGAAUUCCGCCAAAUUUACCCGCCAAGCCAAUGCGCAUGCGUUUAGCAUGUACUGGUCGGUUACGGGAUUCAAUUGCGUACAACUUAAACGAGCUCCCCAAAAGAACAUGAUUUGCUGGGUGCACAUCGUAGGAUAGAGGGGGCAUCGAUUUAAACUCCACCUUUUGGCUAUGCUGGUGACUGGCGCAAAAGUACAAGAUGUGGAUCACGUGGAAAGCGUUCAUGUACUUCACCUUGAUAUCAUUGCUCGAAGCUGCCCUGGAUUGGCCCGAACCGAAUGAUGAACUCACGCUCGCACUCAGCAGGGGCCAUCUGCACCAGUACGAGCUUACGCAGGCGCACAAUCUGUACCGACAGGAUGUGCUCCAAAAAUCGUGCAUUUACAGCGUUGCCAAAGACGAUAUUGCCGAGCGGAUAGAGCUGCUGAAGGAAUUUUCCACCGGUCAUCUGCUGAUCGACCGUGAUCACAAAUUUCUCUACUGUUACGUACCAAAGGUUGCCUGUACGAACUGGAAGCGCAUGAUGAUGAUUAUGGUGAGCAAGUGGAAUGGGACGGAUCCGCUACAAAUUCCAGCCGAUUUGGCCCAUUCAGCGGGCAUGUUCGAAACGUUCCAAUCCCUGAGCGACGAAGAGAAAGCUGUGGUGUUGACUGAGUACAAUCGCUUCAUUCUGGUUCGACACCCGCUGGAGCGGUUGCUUUCCGCCUUUCGAAACAAACUCGAGGGAAACUCCCGGAGCGCCAAAUACUUUCAGUCUCGCAUAGGUCGGCAGAUCAUUAAAUCGUUUCGGUUGCAUGCGACGAACGAGUCGCUCGCCAACGCGAACGACGUUACGUUCUACGAGUUCAUACAGUACCUACUGACGCCCGAGCUGAGCAAAAGCGGCAACAUGUCAUUCAACGAGCACUGGGAACCGAUUUCCAACCUGUGCCACCCGUGCCUGGUGCAUUACAACAUUAUCGGCAAGUACGAGACGCUGGCCGACGACUCGUCGCUGGCCCUGCAUAUGGCCGGCGCCGGCAGCCUAAGCUUUCCGCUGGUCUACAAGACCGCGAGCACCAGGGAACGGUUGAAGCAGUACUUUAACGACAUUCCAUUCGAAACGUUGAAACGUUUGUAUUUGUUAUACGAGAGCGAUUUUAAAAAUUUUGACUACGGGCUGGAGGAAAUAUUUGGCCUCGAGCUCGUCUAGGUUAUAGGGAGGUUAGGGUAAUGUUAGCAAAGUUACUUUCGCGGUUUAGCGAGCAUUUAGCCUACCGGGACAGGGCGAGGGUUGUUGUUUUUUUUUUGCUUUUAAUAUCCGGUUUAAUAUCCCAACGAAACACGUCUAGCUAGCGGUACUUAUGGCAGCAAUGAUACAGGGAAAGCAAGGCGGAAUGGUUUAA